AUGGUUUCAACGCCAUCAAUCGCGUUUUGUGACCUAGUCACAGAUCUACUCCAACAAUUGCUGAAUACCUGCAAAAACACUCGUCUCAUUAUCUGUGGCACCAGAACCGAGUUUCUCAUCCAACUCUCUGCGGCCAUUCGAACCCAAUCCAGCGAACCGAAUGCUGAAACCCGUCACCAUCUACUUACAAAGACAAUCGGACUACUGGCCAACUCGAGCAAGAUCCAAUUAGCGUUUUGUCCCUCACUAGAGAGCCUUCGAGCAUAUCUUGCGGUCUUUACUUCGGUCCAUGGUGCCGGCAUGGAAGCGGAAAAUCUAGAUAGGUCGCAGGUUCUUGCAAUCCUGGAUCUUGUGGCUUUACAUGCGACAACAACCGAAUUCUCUGCCCAGGGACUAUCAAGAACACUUGCUACUGCGGUCGAGACUGCAUCCCGUGCACAAAUGGACCUAGUUCUAUGUGAAUGCACUAAUGCGGUAGACCCUUCGAGCUCUGAUUGGGGUUCGGGACUAUGGGAUACGCAAGUCCCUCUACUGAAUGGUUCACUGCGAAUCCGCAGCGAAGACGGAGGCUGGGGAGGGCGUGGCUUGCCUAUCAAACGAGUUGCCGAGCGUUGGUUUGAGUUUGACCAAAAUGAUGCAUAA